AAGCUGAAAGUUCCCUUUCCGAAUUCUAGCUCGUUGCGAGUAGUACGUCGGUUUCGAUCGAAGAGAAGAACUCUGCCAUGUCUGGACGCGGGAAGCAAGGAGGCAAAGCUCGGGCUAAGGCCAAGUCUCGCUCUUCGCGGGCCGGCCUGCAGUUCCCGGUCGGCCGCGUGCACCGCCUGCUUCGGAAAGGCAACUACGCCGAGAGAGUCGGCGCCGGGGCUCCGGUUUACAUGGCUGCCGUGCUCGAAUAUCUGACCGCCGAGAUCCUGGAGCUGGCGGGCAACGCGGCCAGGGACAACAAGAAGACGCGCAUUAUCCCUCGUCACCUGCAGCUGGCCAUUCGCAAUGACGAGGAGCUGAACAAACUCCUGGGCAAAGUGACCAUCGCGCAGGGCGGAGUCUUGCCAAACAUCCAGGCUGUUCUGCUGCCCAAGAAGACCGAAAGCCACAAGGCGAAAAACAAGUAAAAGUUCCAAACUUUUCGAGCAGCCUGAAAACCAAACGGCUCUUUUAAGAGCCACCCACGGUGUCAAAAGAGGAGCUGUGAUUCUGGUUUGCUAAAAUCGAGCGAGUAGAAAUAAACAAUAUAUUUAGUGCGUUUUUAUACACAAAAGCAGGCGGCUAGAGAAACUUGAUUUGGUUAGACUAAGGCUCUUAAGUUAUCCAAGAAGGUCAAGCCAGUAUAAAAAGACUGGGGGUAAUAGUCUUUAAAGAAGACUAGCAAUUCCAAAUUGUCGAAAAAGGGCUUCCGGGUUACUUCGGACGCCAUUUUCUUGUUUUGUUUCGUGAGUUGUAUUUCUAGAGCCUCCCACUAGCUUUCCAAAGUCUUGACACGUUAGUGUGUCGGCUGCAGUAUGUAGGUGUGUCGUGCAAACUGAAAAAGAGUUCGCUAGUAAAGCUGAAUUACUG